GCAUCGUGAGAAGUGACACGUCUAGACUUUAUUAAUCUAUGCCUGCUCGAUAUCAAAAAUUGUUAGAGAUAACAGUGUGAGUUUAUAAUUGGAUUUCCUUGUCAGGUUUUAAUAGGCUCAUCUGUGCUCUUGCGCAUUGCACUUUUAGUGACACCUGAAAAUGGAGGGUGUGAAAAUUGUGAUGUCUGGUUUUCUCUUGGCGUUCUUAGCCAUUGGACAUUCGGGCGCACUUCAAUGCUUUGUUUGCCAAAAUUGUAAAGAAGUAACACGGGACCACAUUCAAACCUGCAAGCCACCAAGUCCACCCACCAGUUUGCCUAUAACAGUUACGGAACCUCAGCCUGAACCUACAACUACAACACCUGUAGUUAUAACUUCUACAGAACCAAUUAAAACCACUGACGCUUCGAUUACAACAACGGACGCUUUAACUACAACUAAAGAGCCAACUAGUACAACGACGACACCUGAAACAACAACUACAAAUAUUGCGGCUAUAACUACCCCAGAACCUACGACAAGUAUUACCACAACGACCGAAGCUGCAACUGCAGCGACAACCACAACUUCUCAAGCUACUACUACUACAACAGCUGCAGCUACAACUAUGACAACUGAAGCCAUAACUACAACUAUCGAACCUAUUACUACCUCAUCUACCGAGGCCACAAUUACGACCACUUCAGCUGAAACCACGACUGCAGAAGUCACAUCUACAACUACGAAACCUAUUACUAUCACAACGACUGAGGCUACAAUUACGACAACUGCGCCUAUGACUACGACUCCUGAAGCCACAAUUACAACACAAGAACCUACGACAACCAAUUCAGAGGCCACAACUAUAACUACGGCACCUAUAACAUCAUCAUCCACUACGACAAUUGCAGCUACAACUUCGACUACUGAAGCCACAACUACGACAAACGAACCUACGACAGCAACUUCAGUGGCCCCAACUACAACUAUGGAACCAACAAUUACAACUACUGAAGCAGCAAUCACAACUACUGAACCUGCAAUUACAACCACUGAAGCUAUAACUACAACUACGCAACCACCCACUACCACUACUGAAACCAUAACUACAACUACUGCUGCAACUUCUACGACAACAACAACAAAAUCAACAAUCACAACCACAGAACCUACAACAUCAACUGCGGAACCUACUACUACAGUAGCCGCUAUAACUACAUCAGCCGGACCUACAACAGUCAAAUCUACGACCGCAAUACCUGAAUCUACAACUACUAGACCAACAACUGAAGCUACUACCAUAACUAAUGAACCUACAACUGUGCCAACCGAUGCUGUUCCUACAACAUCUGAAGCCUCGAUUACAGCGCAACCUUCCACUACUACCACAAAACCUAUUACUAUGACUAUACUUUCAACUAGAGCAACCGAAGCUACGACUAAAAUAACUGAACCUACAACUAUCGCAUCAGUUGUCACAACUACGAUGACAUCAGAAUUGACGACUGGGGCAGCUCAACCUUCAACUACUUCUGAAGCCACAAUUAUCAUAACAACCCAAGCUACCAUUACUACAACUGAACUUGUAUCUACCACAAGUGAGGUUGAGGCUACUACAUCUGAACUAACAACCACAGCAGCUAAAUCCAUGACUACAAUGACUGAGUUCAUGACUUCGACAUCUGAAGCUGCCGCCAUCACAACUGAAGUUAUCCCGAACACGCAGGAUUCCGAUGUUGCCAGCAGCUUAAGUGCGAAAAGCAGAUUCUACAGGAGCAUACUCGUAAAGCAAAAUCUUAGAGACGACGACGUGCAAGUUCGAUGCGUUGUUACCAGUUACAAGGAUGAAAACGGAGAAGAAAGCAUAGUCCGCGGCUGUUCAUACGACUCAUCAAACACCACAGCCCGUUGCCACGAGACCCUCGGGAGAGAUGACGUGGACCUCGUCCGCUGUACCGUUUGCGAGGACGAUCUUUGUAACUCGGCGGCGACUGCGGCCGUCGCUUUACUACCUUUUGUUUUAGGGUUGUUGAUUAAUUUAUAAAUAAUAUAGUAUACACAGACCACACUAAAUUUACACAAGAAGUAAGUAAAUAUAAUCAAACAUAUAAACGAAGAUGCGCGCCUGAACUCAUUUCAUUUAAGAUUCCAUUUGACGAAUCUGCACGUCGUCGUGAAUGACCCGAACUAUACAGUAGAAACAUUUUUACUUAUUAGAGAUAUCCCUAUUAGUUCCAUAUUCGACGUACAGUCCAGCAAUCUGAAUCCUAGGCCACUAGCUGUCACGACAGUACUCUUAAUUAUACUGUGCCACUGCAGAACCUUUUCAUAGUAAAAGUCAAACUGACUUCUAGUUAUAGCAAAUAAAGCUCAGUGUCAAUCGAAUCGACAGGGUUCUAGAGUGGCCUAAGAUUCUACCUAUAUAAUUGGUUGACUGUAAGUACCUACCGUUUACCGUGAAAACUUAGCGUGGUCCGACUUAAGUUAUGAGUUGCCAGUGAGAUAAUGUUUGCGUGCAUGUAUUUAUUGGAACAAAUGAUAUACCUCUAAUUAAUAUCAUAUUAUUACUCUACUACUGAUACGUGUAAGAACAAAGUCGUACAGACACUUUGAGUUUAAGGUGUCUUAUUUUUUUCCACAUUAUACUUACAAUUUUAUUAGUUAUAUAAUUAGGAAGAGUAUAAUUUGAAUCAUUCUAACAAAAUUGCCAGAGUUGUGUUAUGUAAAGUACAACUGCAAAAUGCAUGCAAAGAUAAUUAGUAUUUAUUGAAAGAAAUAGUACCUAUAGUAUAAAAUAAAGAAUAGAACAGAGCACAGACAUAGAGCUUAAUAACAGCUUAACAACAAUUUGUUAAGCUGUUAUUAAGCUUAGCAUAAGUGUAUGAGUAUAAAAUAUACCAUCAAUUUCAUAUGGAAGUUUCUUGUGGAUGUGUGCACCGGAGUACACUAUGUAUUAGGCAUAUAGGCAUUUUUGUUGUGUUUAUGUGAGCCGCAAAAGUGCUUAUAAACUUAGCAUUUUUGAAAAAUAAUGUUGGUACGGUCGGUCGGUACAUGUGAGUUGUAAAUAUGAAAAUAUGAUUUGCAGUCUUUGAAAUAAGUCUAAGUCUAAAUUGUAGGUUGUAAAUAAGUACCUAACAAAGAAAUAUAUUUUAUACAAAAUGAUAACGUUUGUUUAAUUUUGCACAACAUCCUA